AUGGGCUCCCAACCAGCCCAAGUCACCCCGCAACCCCGAAUCCCCAAAGCCGGCGUAUGGUGUCCCGCCGUAACAAUCUUCGACAAUGCCACCGACACACUGGACCUCGAGUCCCAAAAGAAAUACUAUGCUUACCUCUCCCGCAGCGGCCUCGCCGGCCUAGUCAUAAUGGGAACCAACUCGGAAGCAUUCCUCCUAACCCGCGAAGAGCGCGCACAGCUCAUCGCCACAGCGCGCGAAGCAGUCGGGCCCGAUUACCCCCUCAUGGCGGGCGUGGGCACGCAUUCCACAAAGCAGACCCUGGAACUAGCACACGAUGCCGCAGCUGCAGGGGCAAACUACUUGCUCGUCCUGCCGCCGGCAUACUUUGGCAAAGCGACGAAUAUGAGCGUCGUCAAACGGUUCUUUGCAGAUGUCGCCCGCAACAGCCCGCUCCCUGUCCUGAUCUACAAUUUCCCCGGCGUGUGCAAUGGCGUCGAUAUAGAUUCUGAGACUAUCACCGACAUUGUACGGGAAUCGGCGGCCGCCAGUCCCAAUGGGGUAUCGAAUAUCGUCGGAGUGAAACUGACCUGCGGAUCCGUGGGCAAAAUCACCCGUCUGGCUGCUACCUUCGGUCCCAACGAAUUUGCCAUCUUCGGUGGGCAGUCUGAUUUCUUGAUUGCGGGGCUGACCGUGGGGUCUGCGGGGUGUAUUUCUGCAUUUGCGAAUGUGUUUCCGAAGACCGCGUCGAGGGUGUUUAACCUCUUCACAGCGGGCAAGAUGACAGAGGCUAUGGAAUUGCAGCGGAAGUCGGCAUUGGCGGAGAGCCCGUGUAAGGGCGGGAUUGCAUCGACCAAGUAUGCGGUCGCGCUUUACUCGGCGCCCGCGGCGGGGAUUGAGAAUGCGAUAGAGAAAUUGAAGCCGCGCACGCCAUAUGAGGAGGCUGCCGAGGGGGUUAAGAAAACGGUGAAAGAGUUGAUGGGCGCGGUGGGGGAGAUGGAGAAGGCGAUCUAG